CUAUGUUCUGUGUUGAAUAAAUAAUAAAUAUCUCUAGGUUUUACUUUUUAUGGACGCGAAUGGAUUAUAUUGUUAAAAUAAAAUGUCUAUCUUGUCUUUUUGAAAGCGAGAGCUUGGGAUUCGUUUAUUGACAUUAUUGUACAGAAUUUGAAGAUAAAAGUUUCGCUGGAGGCAAGAGUACUGCUGAAGUGCUACAAGAAAUAAUAAGAGGCGAUACCCGCUUUAAUGAAGGACAUGUCUGACGAGAAGGGCGAGCAGUUUUCCCUGCAGUGGAACAACUUCCACACGAACCUGUCGUCUGGCUUCCACGCCUUCCUACAAGGUCAGAACCUGGUGGACGUGACACUCGCCGCCGGUGGCAAGUUCAUCCAGGCGCACAAACUGGUGUUGUCGGUGUGCAGCUCGUAUUUCAAGGACCUGUUUGAGGUGAACCCGUGCAAGCACCCGAUAGUGAUCAUGAAGGACGUGGGCCACAAAGAGCUGGAAGCCAUCCUCGAGUUCAUGUACCGGGGGGAGACUAACGUGUGCCAAGACGACCUGACCGAGUUCCUCAAGACGGCGGAGAUGCUGCAGGUGAAGGGGCUCGCAGACAGUGAGUCUAGCGAGGAACACAUGCCAAUACCAAGCAAGACAGUCACCACAAGUCUUGCUUCGCAGAGUGUUUCAGACAAGCCACUACCACAGGCCCCCAAGAGGGAGCGCCCAGUGAAAGCCUUACCACAAGAAGUGGCCCCACAGUCUUUCAAGCGAGUGAAGCACGAGCCCUCGUCGGAGAGUCCGGGUGCGUCCACCCACCCACCUGUUUCACUACCCGUGGUGCCCGAUCCAAUCCCGCAGCGUCUCGUCAACUCCUCCUCCAAAAGCGAACCACAGCGCACGAAAGAAAUAGAGCACGUGGAGCUCACUCAACCCAAGAUGGAGCUGGUUGAGAUUGAGGACUCUGAUCCAGAGGAAGUGGAUAAUGGCGAUGACUUUUCUUUCUUUGGCGGCGAGAGCAGUCAGUCCUUCCAAGACACCUCAGGAGCUGGUUCACUUCCCGACUUUGACAACUUGUCUCAGUAUGCCAACAUGCUGCAGGAAGAUGGGCAAGGUGACUUCCAGAUUAUUGCAAACCUGCAGGGGAACCCACAAUUGAUUCACAAUGAAUAUGUUUACAAUAUACAUCGGUCGAGUGGCGAGAAGACAUUCUGGAUAUGCAGGGAUCAAAAGAAGCUAGGAUGUCGCGGCCGAGUCAUGACCUUCAGAGCAGAGUUGACUGUAAGGUGCGCACAGCACUGUCACUUGCCGCACACUGAGGAAAUCAAAAAGAUUAAGUGUCGUAAUGCAUCCAAGCAGCAUUUGAAUCAAAACAAACACCACCAUCAAGCUCAUGAGGGUACAGUGGAACGAGUGAAUGAAUUUUGGAUUUCAUGAACUUUAAGAAAAAAAGGAUUUCACAUUUCACUUCAAGAUGGGUUGAAUCUUAGCAAUAGUGUUCUGUUAUGUGUUGGAGAAACUCUUUUCUUUUCUUGGUGUAGUGCCAUUAGAGUUUUUCUUCAUUUCAUUUUGUGUGUGCCGUUCCAGUGAAUAAAUAUUUAUUUGUAUAAGUUGAGUUCGUAACUAAUCUUUUGUGGACAAAUUUGCAGAUGUAUUACUCUAAGAGGUACACGUUUUGGAUUUUUACCCCAUGGCCAUUGGGUUUGUGUUUGUUACUCAUGUUUUGUUUUACCUUAGUUUAUAGUAAUAUAAAAAACUUUUAUAUAUAACAACUUUUAGUUUUUGUGUUUCCAAAUAAACAAUUUCUAACCACAGCAGAAUUUAAAGGAAGUAAUUUAAAUUGAUGUAAGACUGUCUAGCAAAAAUGUGAAAUCUAAUUAGAUAUCUGUAAAAAUUGGAAUAUUGGAACUUAAUAAAACUUGGCUUUAACUCUUAAAGUAGCAUAAUAUAUGCUGCCAAAUGUCUCAGUCUUAAAUUCCUGUGUGUUUACUUUUGAUAAAUUAGUAGAUUUCCAUGUGUUUUUAUAAAAUUUUGCUAAUUUAAAAAGUAAUUAAUGAAUGGUUGGCAUUUAAUAUUAGUAUAAUAGAGCAUUAAAAAGGGUUUGGCAUUGUAGAGGGCUAUAUAGUAUGUUACACCAUUGGAUGGCAGUAUGCAUACUCUCUUUCCAAGUCCCAAUUUUAUUUUUUCCCCACACUCCUUGUUUACAAACUGAUAAAAAAGUUUAUUAUAUAAUUGUUAAAAUUUACUAUACAUUUCUUUUUUACCAAACAUAAUGCGUGGCUUUUAUCCAGUUUACGAUUAUGUUUUAUAUAGCUUUAGAAAGUCAGGAAAGUUUUGUUUCAGAUUUAUGUGAACACUUGUUACUGUUUCUACAACACUGUAUGUUAUUUUGUCUAAACAUAUUGCUUUUAAAGAAUUGUUCAAAUUUAAAUUCUGUUCAAUUUCAGGUGCAAUUGUUAUGUUAAAUUCAAAAAUUAUGAAAGUCCUUGUCAAUAUUCAUACCUAUUUUAACUUCAAAAUGUUCACGCACUUGCAAAAUAAAUAUUUCUUCCUUCUUUUAGGUGACUUCCAGAUUAUUGCAAACAAGCAGGGGAACCCCCAUUUAAUUCACAAUGAAUUUGUUUACAAUAUACAUCGGUCUAGUGGCGAGAAGAUUUUCUGGGAAUGCAGAGACAAAAGGAAGCUUGGAUGUCGCGGCCGGGUCAUGACGGAUGGUGCAGCGUUGACUGUAAGGUGCGCGACACACUGUCACAUUCCACACACUGAGGAGAUUAAAAGGAUAAAGUCCAAUAACGCAUUAAACCAGCUACUAAACCAGAACAAGCUCACGAUUGGAAACUAUAACUAGCGAACAAAUCUUGGAAUUCGUGAAUGUUAAGAUUAAUUUAACGUUCACUUCAAGACUUAUGUACUAGUGUUGUAUUGUGUGUUAGAAAAAUUAUUUUGUUGGUUUAGUGCUAUUACAGUUUUUUUGUGUUUUCACUUUGUGUGUGCACUGCCAGUGUGAAAUUUUGUUAUAAAUUACAUGAUGCAUUUGUAAAUAACCUUUGUUGGCAAGGUUACAUGUUAUUACUCUGAGAGGUACACAGUUUUUUCAUUUUUACAAAAUUGCAAUAUGGUAUAAGUGAGUGGUACACUUCAUGGCUUGUUUUUAUUUAUUCUUUUUAUAGCAAUAAUAAAAUAUUUUAAGAAUUUGAAGCUUUUUUUUUUUUACAUUUCUAACAAAAUAAUUUUCAAAAGCAGCAUGUUGCAAAAGUGUAAUUGUUUUUAUGUACAACUGUCAAGUAAAAAUGUGAAGCCUUAUCAAGUGUCUAAAAAUUGGAAUAUGGAAACUUAAUAAUAAAUUGUAUUCGGCUCUGUAGAAUGUGUUAGUAUGUCUUACCUUUAGAUGGCAGUAUGUACUUUUUUUUUUAAAUACCCUGAUUGUCCAUUUUUUUUUCACCUUUCUUAUUUAACAAACUGAUAAAUGUCUUGCAUAUAUAUUUUUUGCAGAACAAGUCUCUUUUUUUAGGAAACAGAAACUAUAUACAUAUUUGUAAUGUAUGGCUGGAAUUCAGUUACAAUCAUGUAUUCGUUAGUUUUUUGUCAAUCAUCUUAAACUCUCCUCUUAAGACAUAAAUUUUACUUUAACAUCCUAAAAACUGGAAAUAUUAUACUGUUCAAUACUCUUGCUGAUUUUAUUAUUUAUUUAACUUAUAUCUAUAUGUUGAAUUGAUCAAACCAGAACAUGCCUGCUUGAUAAAAUGUUAAGGUUUCAUUACCAAAAGUCACAUCUUGUCUUGACAUUCUUUACCGAUCACUGAGAAUUUAUUACCGGAUAUCAUUUAAACUGUCACAAAACAAAGAGUUAAAAUAUAAUUUUUUAUUACCAAACAUGUUAUUUCCUAGGCAUUUUGUUUUAAAAGCUAAUUUUGACUGUCUUAAUGAUAGUGUGUUAUCAGUGUUCUCAGAACAGGUCAGUCUCUUAAUUAAAUAAAAAAUAAAAUAAUAUUUGAGUAUAAGGUUGAAGUUUUCAAUAAAUGUAUCUUUUAUAACAUUAUUAAUAAACUGAGUAAUCUUAAAGUAUAAUUUUCUUGUGAUCAAGAAUAGAGCUACUAUUUUCAGCAAGGGACUUGUACACAUGGACUUUACACAAACUAUUUAUUCAAAUAAUCAAUUCUACAUAAUUAUUGCAUUUAAUGGUUGAAAAAUUAUAAAUUUACAUUGUUUAUUUUCUUCAAAGUUAUAUAGUGUAUGUGAAAAAUGUCAUCCGUGCAUAAUUAAACAUAUGAAAAUAAAUAUUUAUCAAAAAGUUUUUAAACACUGGAACAUUGCAUCAUAAUCUGGAUUGUUUGGGCAGAUGAGAAGUGAACAGCUGUCUGUUCUCAAAAUAACCAAAAAUUCAUGUUUAGUGUGAGGUACUGCAUGCCAAGUAAUAUUUUUUGUCAUAAAUAUAAAAUUGAUUGACUUUAGGUUUGGGAUUUUGGUAAGAAUAAAAUAAAGAGGCAGACAAAAUUUUGUUUCGUUAUCAGUAAUUUUAUGUAAAUAUUGUGCACAUAUGUUAUGUGUCAUCCAUCCUUGCGAGAACAUAGUGAUAUUUAUAUGGUUGUGAAUGACUUUUGAUCUUUGGGCCAAAUUAAAUGUCUCUUAAAAGUUUAUUAAUUUUUUUAGUUCUUUUUAUAUAUUCUUUGCUCAACCAAGCAUACCUUAAGUAAAAAAAAAAUGAACUAAAGGUACAAAUUGUAUUCCUCCACUAUGAUAAUUUUCAUUAUAAUCUCUAGGUUAAAGGUCACGCUAUUAAUUACUUUCAAUUGUGACAUCACAGUUAAUAGAAAUUAAGAUAUAGUUUUCAGUAAAAUUAACAGCCUUUUAUUUUUCAGUAGGUGCAGUGCGAUAUCUCAAGAGCCAGAGGGAGCAUCCUCUAAUGGUUCACGACAACUUCAUUUACUGCGUGCACACACAGCACGGCUCAAAGUUUAACUGGCGUUGUAUCGAUCACAAGAAGUUCAAAUGUCGAGGUCGUGUGAUAGUGGAUGGGUCCCGGUUGACGGUCAAGUAUCGCGAGCACACCCACCCACCGCACACAGACCAGCUUCGGAAACGAGAAAUCUACCCUGAGCACGGCUUUGACUACCCCGAGCGUGGCUUUGACGUUUAAAACCACAGAAAGUGUAAUAUUGAAGUUAUCAUUUGCUGAAAGUGAAACAAUUGAAGAUAUUGAAGUGCAGGGUUCCUACAGACAAGAAAAUUUGUGAAAACGGGGAGAACUCGGGGAAUUGAAAAGGUGUCUCAAAUACCUGGAAGUCAGGGAAAUGUACACUAUCUUUAAUACAAAAAAAAAAGUAAUUUUUUUAAUACUGUGUGGUAUCUAAAGUCAAAAAACUGUUAUGUAUUUUAAUCAUAUAUUCAUGUGCUGUUAAUCUGAUUUUUACUACCAUUAAUAAUUAACUUUUCCAACUGGCAGUGUUUUUUACACAAUGCUAAAGGAGAUGGUAAUGGUACAAACUGUAUAUUGUGCAGGAAAACAUUUUGUAGUAAUUCUGCUUGUAAUGAGUUUGUAAAAUGUGUUUUGACAAUAAUAGUAGAGUAUAAAUAGAGAAAAAAACACCUGAACAUGAAACUAAUUACCACAAAGACUUUUUUAAUAUUUUCUGAAUCAAAACAGACCAAAUAACAAAAUGUUAAAAAUAUACAUUCAUAUGUGACUGCAAAAAAAAUUAUUCAAGAAUUACUUCAUAGUAACAAAGUAGGUGCUGUUUCAAUGAUAUGUCAUGUCUAAGUGUUCUUAAGCUAUUUAAAUAAAAUUUUAGUAAUUACUUUUGUAUAAAAUACACCAAAGAACAAAAUGUUAAAAAUGUAAAUUAAUAUCUGGUUAAAACAAAUUAAGCACAUAUUACUUCAUUAUAACAAACUAGUCAAUGUUUCAAUAACAUAGUUACUAAAUCCAAGUGUUCUUCGUUUUAAGGAAACAAAAUAUUUUUAAAAUAUUAACGUUUCAUCUUAACAUAUAUAUUACUAAAUAUUGAGUUCGUGAUAUUCACUUUCAUCAUCUUUUCCUGCUGUGUUUCUGCAAUCUUUCCCGCAACAUUUUUUGCAUAGUGAUGUACAUGAGAGUCCAUAUUUGCGGCACGUACAUCUCAUAUUAUAACAUGGUUCAUCAUUUGUAACUUGACAGGAACAAUAUCAUAUUUAACAGACUAUCUGGGGCAGGACUAAUACAUGUCAUAAUUGGCUGAAAUUCUUCAUUUACCUUCUGCCAUCCCCAUAAAGAAGGAUCUGCUGCUGUCGUGUCUAGCGUUUUCCAAACAAUGCAUUGCAAAUGCACUCGUAGCAGAUGGUAUUUUGCUGCAUUUUCGGUUGGACGUAAACGGGAAAUAUCGAAUUCCUUCUUUGAAGAAGCUAUUUUCUUUAUGUAAUGGUCAUAACGAAGCGUAUUCAAGGUGCAUGAGUUAAAAUUUCCACCAUACAGUGAUACAAUAAUUUUGCAACCAAUGUCUACCAAUUCAUCCCUACUCACAUUUUUUUGAGAGCCAAAUGUAGAAGCCCAAUUGCAUAAUGUUUCCAACUAGCAAAUAUGUUGAAACACAAAAGUUUUACUUUUACCAAAGAGCGCACUAGUAGUGUCGCACCCUGUUAAUGCAUGAGCAAAAAGCAUAAUCUUGCAACCUUCUUUGCCAAUUGAUUUCUGCAUGCCUUGAAUAUUACGUACAUGAUCAAUGUGUGUGGCAGACUGCAUUGAAAUGUUUUUACUGGAAUGGUAUAGUAGCAAGAGUAAGAAAUCGGUAUCAUCUGCUACUAAAGUGGUGUGCCGUUCUUCAGCAAUAUUUAAAGCUGUUUUGACAAUUAAUGUGUCUGCAUCUGCAUCUGCAUAAUUUACAAAAUGUCCUUUAUCUUGAAAAUACUGUCCAAGCAAAUUGAUAAAUCAUUGUUUAUUUUCCUUGUUGGAAAGAAAGGUUUCUUUUUUGAUAAUUACAGGUGAAUUUUCAUCAAAUAUAACGGCAACAGCUGACUGCUUCACUUGUGAUUUGUGCUCCAUAUCUUUAGUACUUGGUGUAAAUUAACCAUCAAAAACUAUAGUUGCUUUUCCAUACUGCAUGGCAACGUAUGAUUCAUACUGUCUUAUCACAUCACCAAAAGUGCCACUUUUAGUCCAUGCUAAUUUGUGAAGCAAUGCCCCACCAUCAAGGACAAAGUAUGUACGUUCAUUUGUCUGAGAACAUUUCUAUUGAUUUAUAGCAAUACUAUCAAGUACUCUUGCUAAUGAUGAUUUGUCAGUUUUUCUCAUUAACUGUGUACUUGGAUCAAAUAAUGAUGGUGGUACAGUAAACAGCUCAUAACUGAAGUAUUCCCUUGCAUCGUUUGAGGUAUUUUCCAAGGAGAGGCAAACGAGCAUCCUUUGAGUCGGAAGAUGAGUAUCAAUAUGCUGGGUUUUGCCAGCAAUGAUAAUACCCUUCUUCAAUACUUUCAUAGUCACGGCUUGUUCGGAUUUUAACAUGGUCACAUUUUUGAAACGCUUUCCAGUAAGUUUGUCUUGAAUGUUUCUUCCAAUAAUAUCAGCAUUUUCUGCAGUCACUUUGUUCUCACUAUCUGUAAUACCACUGACAAUAUUCCGUAAAUCAGAAGAAUAAAAAUUAUUAAAUGGUAGGGUUGUGCGAAUAUUCGGUAUACCGAUACCGAAAUCGAAAUUUUGCUACUUUCAUUUUCGAUUUCGGUAAGAAUUUCAUCUGUCGAAGUUCGUUUUUAGCUAAAUAUUUCGAGCCAAACGAAAGUUCAAUAGCUUACCGAAGUUCGUUUGUUCUAGUUGAAAAAGAAAUCGUAAUUUAAUAAAAAUGUACAGUAUAAUACCGGUACAAUAACGUUCCUUAUUAUAAAGUAUAUUUCACUUAACGAAUUUUUUUUAAGUCCCCGCCAAAAAUCGUAUCUUCGCCAUGCAAAACGGUUUCAGUUUAAAGUAUCAUUUUCACUAUAACGUAUAAAUUCUACUAGUAGCGUGGCAUUACUACACCAAAAUUUACUUAAACUGGUAAAUAAAUUUCCAGCUAAAUGAUUAAUGUAGUAGAACAAAGAUACACAAAUACCACCGCAACGUAUUUUCUAACCUCUAAAUACUCAAAACAAAGUUAACAAACAGUUGCGCGCACAACCAUAGAUUAUACCGUACGUAGUAUGCGACGUGAGCAACACAACACCAUUUGAUACAUCGAAAGACGGAGGUUUGAGAGAAGUAUUGAUUAUUUAGACAAAAGUGUUACGCUACGCUAAAAAUACUGUUUGAUGUCUGUGCCGGGAUUGUUUAUUGUUAUUGUUGAGUUUAUUUUCAGGUUACGUUAUUUAGACACCGCAUUGUAUUUGUGCUACAAUAUGAAUGAUCCUGGAGAUAAAAAGAAACUAAAGCAAUUCACGCUUAAGGAAAAAGUGGAUAUACUCAGAGAACUAGACACAGGGAAAAAAUCAAGUCGCAGUUGCGAAUACAUAUGGCAUUGCGGCUCUCCUGUAGCUAUUUUUUUAUAUAUUUUUUUUUCUCAUUGUAAAGAUAUGUAUGCAUGUUUCAGUGCUAAGUACAAAAACUUGAGGUACCUGUAAGUACUUAGCACUGAGAUUCUACUGUAAUGUCUUUAUAUGAUUUGCUUGUUAUUACUAAUAAUGUAAUAACAUAUGCAAAUCAUAUAAAGACAUUAAUUAGAAAAAAGAUUUUCAUUACGAUUAAUUUACGUGGUGAUGAAAAAAACUCACGUUAAUGAAAAUACGGUAAAAUCAUAAUUUGAACAAACAUGGCAGAUAAAGUAAACAAAAUUCAACCGUGAUUACAGUAGGCCUAGGUAUCAAAACAAAAUCAUGCAAUAUUUGAAAAAUUACCUGAUUCAUUUGCUUUCAAACAGUAGUGUAGGUACUAUAUUCGUAAAACAUACAUUCCAGAACUGUUAGUACACUAUUUAGUAUUUACCGUAUACACAUAAACAAAGAACGUACCUACUUUUAUUCGCGCACAGCCAAACAAAAACAUUGUCGUCUGCUUUAUUUAAAUUUUACAUACUCUGACUGGCAUAUAAAAUCCUCAUAAUAUACAGCCAAUUAGACAAAAAGGUCAACAAGUCACUGCAUGUAAUGACCACUUGGCAGCAACCAUUUGUUAUGUUUUGUUUUGACCAUGUCCCUUGCCUGGUUUACAGCUUCCUGAGCUAGCCAUGUGUGACAGUGGUGCAAGAUGGCGGCCGUUCCGCAGUAUUCACGUAUUUUUUCAUCAGUACCAUGCACGUGAUAAAUAUAUUAUCAUAGACUGCGACAUUACGACUGUAAAGGAAAUAGUCUGUGCGCUGAAAGAUCUGGAUUGAUUCUUGAAAUUUACGAGUGACAUGGGGCUGUGUUGUGUGGUCUAGGGCGGAUGUUGAUUUUAUUAAAUAGUAAUAUUUAUAUAUACAUCAAAAGGUACCAAAAUGAUUUAUGUAAUAGAAUUUAUUACUGAAGAGCAAAUAUUGGGGCACUUUUUUUCUUUGUUAAUUAAAAAAUUUCGCUUAACUUUCGUUAAGAAUAUAUUUAUCUCAUAGAAAAAUUCAUUUUCGUUUCACUUUCGCGAAACUUGAUAAAUUUUCUUUCAUUUUCAUUUUGUGUGGAUAAAGUCACUUUCGCACAUCCCUAUUAAAUGGAUUGUGUAAAUUCAAAUAUUCCAUGAUUGCCUUCAUAUCUUGAAAAUCCCUCGCCAUCCUGGCAUCAGAUAUUUCUGUAUGUUGCUCACUGCUAAUACGAGAAAUGCCUGUAAGCAAACUCAUAGCAUAUGCUAUUUCACUACAUCUUGAAUGGCUCAUAACCCAUGUUGCACGUUGACUUUCUGUCAUACCUCCACCGUGAGUUAUGCCUGAACGACUUUUAGUACAGCGCAUUAGUGUUUGUUCAAUACAUAUAUCGGUCCAGACACUGGCCCAUUUCCUUUCGUGAUUCCUUACAGUAAAGUGACCAUCAUUCAGCAUUUUGAAUACUUCUUGAUUUGUUUCUUUCAGUUUUCUCAUUUGUUGUAGGUAUAUGCGUGCACAUUUCGCAUAGUUAUUAUGGCCAAAACUAGCAAAAAGGGAAGCAUAUUGCCUGUAGGUGCAUUUCAAAAUUCCCUGUUCGCUCUGCCCAAAUAAAUGUCUUUACUAUGCCUUCCAUGUUCAAAUACAAUAUCCAAAGUCUUGAAGUGCGACUCUGCGAUUUCAGAAGAUGUAUCCUUUUUUCUAUAAGCGAAGACAAUUUCAAGAGAACAGUUGAUGAAGUUACUUCCUUCAAAUCAAUUUCGCCUCUGAUCAGUUUAUCAUUAAGUUCCAUCAAAUAGUUUAAGUGUAUGUCUCCAUCCAUCGGUACUUCCAUAGGUUCACACGUAUUGCUACUUGAUGAGCGAUCGUUUGCAUUUGUGUCAGCAUUGUCUUCAAUUUGUGAACUGCACUUCAAUAUAUCUGCAAUUAUCAGAGCUGUUAAUGCUGAAGAAAUGAGGAAAUGCCCUCUAAGUGCACGUGAGUAAGCCUUCCCAGUUAACAUAUGUGGCACUGUAUUUGUAGCAUAUACAGUCUGCAAAACUUCUUCAAUGUCUGAUCCACCCAUCAAAUCACCAAUAGUUCCUAGAAAAGACAUUAGUGUGUGAAAUCCACCAAGUCGAACCACCAUGUUAUCAAAUUCACCUUCAUUAUUGGAACAAAUUACUUCCAUUGCCUUUAUCCGCAAACAUUGAUCAAAUGUUACGAUGGGAGUAGCUACAUUCAGCCUUCUUGCUUCCUCACAUACGAACUUCAAUGUUGUAUACACACAACUGUGAGAUGUUGGUUUUAAGUCAAUCAUUGGUAGGAAAGAAGUAACUGUUUUACCAGAAAACUCACCCACAACAAUAGUUUGCAUAAACCCUAGCCAUCCUGGACGAGGUUGUCCAAAUAAUUUACUACAGUUCCACAAAACAUCAAGCAUAUUAUUUUGAAUAGGUUCAUAAACCAAACUUUCAUAUUUGAGUUUAUUCGUGGUUGUAGAAUUCGGAGACUGAAUGAAGUGCAGUGGUAUCUUCGCUUUUCUUGAAAUUUCAUUUGCAAGUUGGCGAUUUUUCAGUCGUUUAAUUUGUUCUGUUAGCAAAUAUGAUGCAUUACCAUAUUCUCCAGAUGAGCACAUUAUAAUACCCAUUCCAUGAAAAGUGUUAUGACCAUCCAAGGUGACUAUGUUGUGGUCAACAUUAUCAGCAACCCAUUGGGGAAAGCAGCCUAAUGGUAUCACAUCUACAUUCCUUUCCUCCAUAACUGAAGACUGUAAGAAUCUUUGUACCUCAUCAUACGAUACACUAAAUCCUAGCCUAUACAGUUCAUCAAUAAGUAAACGAGAUCCAAAAUCUCUGUGAAUCUGUACACCAAUGCCAAGAGGAAUCGAGCAUAUGAAAGAACGAGGCCGGCAAGCUUGCAUUAUAGCCUCGCCUAUCGCAGCUUUCUUUAAAUCACUUCCAGUCUUAGUCAUAAGGGUAUCCAUAAAUGUCUGUAAGACAGGUGGUAAGAUUUUAUUGUUUUCUUCAAGGGAUGCAAUAUCUGAUGCACUAGGAUACAAAUCCAUACUGCUACACAACAAAUUAAUUUCACGUUGAAUCAAUUUUGCAGCUGAUUUGAUUAUUCGACAUUUUUCUUGAUUAGGAUCUGCCAGUCUUGUCUGUUGGUGGUAAUCCAAAAUUAUGUCUGAAACAGUUCUCCCAAAGGUUACAAUAUUCGGUUUCCCAUCUUUAGAUGAAAUUGUGAUUUCAUUCCCAAACCACUCUUUCAACUUUUUCUGGAGGUGACGAGGAUUGUAAGGCUUGUUUCCUUCUGGCAAGAAACCCUGCAUCUUUUUCGCUAGUUCUUGAACUGUCAUUGAAUCUUCACUAUUUUCUUGUAACCAUUCACAUAAUCUUACAAAAGCUUCCUGCUUAACAGUGUCAUGAGGACGUCCCAUUGAUGUAGAAACUUCUUUACUCUCUUCAUGUCUACAUCUAAUUGCAAUGGAAUCUCCUUUCCUAAAAUUAAUACUGCAUACUUGGUGAUACUUUGCUUCUGCAGCAGGUAAAUCAAUAACAGACAGUAAUCUGGCAUGAACAUUUGCUGCCCACAAAUCACUUCUAGUAUUGCAUAUGUGAACAAUAGUCUCUUGAAACUGGAAAGUACGCACAAGUAUAACUGCAGAUUUUUUUCGAUACUCACUAUCUGUUAUUAAACUUCCUCAAAAUAAACAAUUGUCUUUGAAACUGAAUGACUGUACACUUCCACGCAACAGUCUUGAGCUGGUCGAAGCAGUCGGUUCUUGUAAUGUCUUCUUUUUUGCAUCACUUUUAAUUUUUAGUGGGUUGAUAUAUACACGUCUAAAUUCACUAUGUACUUUCACAAUACCAGUAGGCAUAGGAUUCAAGAGUUUAUGUACUUCAUCUUCUCGCUGUAUGCUAGCAUUUAUAAUGCCUGCUAGACCUUUAGCAGUAAGUUUCACACAUGCAGCACCAUCACCAAGAAUGUCGGAGCACAAGAAACAGUUUUCGUCAUUUAUUUUGGAGAUAUUAUAUCUUAGAAUUUUUCAGAUGCAGAUGCCAUCCACCUGAAAACAAAGAAUGAAAUAAAAAAAUCUGCAUGCUCUUUACACAAGUUAUGAUAAAUACAGACCUAGACAAUAAUGCAAAUAACUUUUUUUUUUGCACAGUGAUAUUCAUGUAUAUUUUCAGCACAGAAUAAGCAAGCAUGUAAAGAUUAGUUUAAGACCAAAAACGUUUUUGUGGGAAUUAGUUCCACCUUUUUUUUUUUAUUUCUACUCCACUCUAAGGCAUAUUGUAAUAUAUGUUAUCUUGCUCGAUACAUAGUUUAUACAGUGGAAGAAAUAUUUUAUGGGAUAGGGAAAACUCUGAGAAAUUGGCUGAAGUGUCGGAACCCUGAAGUUUCAAAGUUAAUUUUACAUUAUGUUAUUUAUAACGUACUUAAGGAAAAUUUAAAGAUAACAAAUGCAAUUGAAUAUGUUGGCUUGAAAUUAUCUUUAAAUGAUGCAUGUUGUUAUAAAGCAUUUAGCAGCCCAGUAACUUAUGUACUUAACUGCUAUCUAAACAUAAAUUUCAUGCUGCAACACAUGUAAUAAAUAUAUGCUGCAGGUUCAGAAUGCCUCUAAAAAUAAAAUGCAUUUAUUUGUGACUUAUUUAUCUGUGAAAAGUGUCAUUUAUCACUGGAAUCCCAGAAACCUAAUAUAAUAUAACCUCAUAAGUCUAUCAAGUUGAUUUCUUCUCUUGGUAAGGACUGAAUAUAUACGUAUAUUUAAUUUGUAAUCAGUGUUUUUUAUCAUAUGUAUAGUACCCUGUCUUUGCUAUGAUUACUUGAUGCCGAAUAAAAUGUUGUGACCUUUAAGAUAAGAUACCAAGAUACUGAAAAUGACCUACCCUUUUGAAACUGUAUAUUCUUCAACUUGAACUUCUUUGGUAAGGGAAUGAGUCAGGAACGCACAAUAUUAGCAGUUAAAUUACCAGCAGAGUAAAACUCAACUUUAUCCAGAGAAACAUUAUUUUGUUAUGGUGCAUGCUGUUACAACUCCCUCAUUUUCUGUUGUAUCAUAAACUCAUCAUGUACGGUAAUAUAAACCAUUACCAACUUUGACAUAACACUUUACAGUCAAGGUUACAGUAAAUUUGCUAUUUCGAUUCAGUCAUGAGAGAAGUGACCAAUAAACAUGUAUUUUUAAAAUUUUUUAUAUUGGUCUUGACAUUUUAGCAUUGUCGACCUCCUCAUUAGAGGCAAUGGCACAACCUAGAUCAGGGGUGUAGCCGAGGGAAGAAGUGUGCCGUGGCAAUCCCAGAAUUUGAUGGGAGUGUUUUAGGGAAACGGUAGCAAACAAAAAUCAAAACUGUUGAACUGAGGUUUCAACCUGGAGCCUUUGCAAUGAGAGUUUCACCACUUCCCCAUCUCGCAUUGCACCUCAUGUAGCGAAUAUCUUAAAAUGGUUUUGGUUUUAGACAAUUUGAGAUAGCUUUAAUUUUGCCAACACUUCAGCAGUGCCAUUCCUGGUAUUUAUGACUGCAGAAUAUAAGUGGGUAUUUAUUAUUUACUAUGGUAGAAAUGAAAGUAACAUAUGAAAAGAAUAAACUCUUUUGGCACUCAAUAUAAUAAUCAGAACUUUGCAUACAAUAACUGAUCAUUUUUUACCGUUAAUGAGAAAAUUAGUUUUUUCUAUAUUAAUGGAACAGUAAUACAUAAAUUUGUUAUAAUAUUGACGUGGCAACGUCUAAUAAAUCGAUGAACGCAGACUGCAUGCACGAAAAAGUGUCCCGUAACGCACAUUGUCCCACUACGGAUGUGUCCUGUUAUGCUCAUUGUACGCAAGCGUGGCAUCUCUCUUCCACUCGAUUGGAACAACCAUCGAUUUGACUUUUCAAUCAUAUUUUCGUCGUUUUAAUUAUUAAUAUUAUGUAAUUUAACGAACGUCCACCGAUUUUCAGCACAAUCGGUACGGUUAUUAAUUUCCCGCCUACCACUAUAAGAAAUAAACAUGGCGGACUACAUACGUUUUUAAAACUUCCACGACACAAAACAAAAUUUAUAUAUAUAUAUAUAUAUAUAUAUAUAUAUAUAUAUAUAUAUAUAUAUAUAUAACAUCUGAAACAAUUGUUCCCAAUAUGGCCUCGUGGCCGUGCGGUUAGCAUCGCUGACUACCAAUCGAAAGGUUGACAGAUCAAAUCCCGGCCGCUGCGAAACCUUCAUUUUUGUACUUGUAAAAAUAAAUAUGGUGUGCGCGACACUACAAAAGUAAUAAAUAUAUUUGAAUUAAUGAUUGCAAAUAAAAGUAAAUUCAUCAAUUAAAUUGUAGAUUUCAUUUCACUCCUUUGUAUCCAUAUAAAAUAGUGAUAAUUCAAUAAAAAUGAUUCAAUUUUAUUUAUGAAAGUAUGCAGAGGUAGAUUUUAUCAUACAAAAGAUAGAAAAAUUUUAAAAAAAAUUCUUCCUCAAAGAAUAUAAUAUUUUUAAUGCCUAAAUGGUUUGGUUGCAAAAACUUAUUACGGCUCAGUCUCAGGCCGAAUAUGAUAUUUCAUUUUGUUCUGGAUCAAUCAUUUCAUCAAUUUUUUGUUAUGACAUCAUGUUAAACUAUCGUCCGUAAACCAAAUUUACAGACAACCAAUUUUUUUUUUUUUUUUUAAAUGUGAAUGGAAUAAAGUUUAGGAUUCAGUUCUAUGUCUUCAUAACAAUUUCAAAGUUUCAAGUGUUUGGAUGAAUGGGUUCAUGUCACAAGAUCCACGCCAAUGUUUUUGUCUACCGGAAUGCUAUAGAGCGGAGGAUUGAAGCAAGGUUUCCAAAAACUUUGAUUAAACUUUCAUUUAACUAAAACUAUCUGAAAAUGAUUGAAGUUACUUAGCCCAUGAUACUCCCUUACUCGUCAUCUGCUCACAUUUUCAGUUAGAUAGAAGGGAUGCUGAGAAGGAAUAGAAUACCAUUGGUUAUCUGCAUUUAGUUAAAAAAAAAAAUUGUAUCAAAUUCUGUAAAUAACACUGCAGGGUUUCAAUUGUCUGUAAAGUUCAGGAUUUUUACUUGUAAAUGGGGGUUCGGUCAAAAAAAAAUUAGUGCCAGGUAGUAUGUGGUAAAAAAAAAAUUGAAACCUCAGAAUGUAGUAUGUUGUUCAGUCCAAUUUUACUAUUAUGUAUAUAAGUUUGUUAAUCACUAACUGUAUUUGAUGGAGAAACCAAUGUAUAUUUUUGGUGACGAUGCAGAAAAGAACACUGCUUUUGAGAUUGAAUCAAUUACAUUUUUUGAGUUUUUCAAAUUGUAUAGGAUGUUACAAAAAAUAUUUUGGUUCAUAAUUCUUCAGUGAUUGGUAUAAAAGACACAAGUCUUAUGGCAACCAAGUUGUCUUGUGCCCUUUAUACUAUGCACUGAAGAACCUAAGUGUAAUGAGCUUAACUCCCCUUCCAUUUUGCACAAUAUCUUUUAUUUCACAUCUCCUUACAUUUCCUAUUCACCCGCCAUGCCACACACCACUACCAACACUCCCACUCUCAACUUCCCUACCUACAACCUCUCUACCAACCUUCCAUUCUUACAUGCAACACAUCUUCCCUUCUUUAAUGAAUGAUGUUCUACCUAUAAUUGGUUACAAGACAGUAUUACAGCACCUCCUGUUAUAAACAAUAUAUGUGGGUUCCUUCACAAAUUAAGUCUCUCUUUCCUUUUCACUUCCCUACCACAUUUGGUCCUCACUGUUGUCUUCCUUGGUUUACACGCUUGACUCUCUGUGUUUGGCCAACCCUUCCACUCUUCUUCCUCGUCUUCUUCUUGCCCUGCUAUACUACCUUCUUCAUCCCCAUCUGUGCUGUGUUCUUCCUGUUCUGCACACCGUUCGUUGUCCUGGUUUGGCAUCUUGUCCUCUUCCUGCUCUGCACACAGUUCCUCUUCUUGUCUCUGGAUACUCUGCCGUGCCCGCUGAUCGUUAUUCUCCUGCCCAAAUAUCUGAACAUCUUCUGUGGAUUUGGAUAGGUAAAAACUUGACUCUUUUUUUUGUUCUGACUCAUUUUCUGCCAUGUUAUAUCUUUUUUUCUCCUCUUGGCCUGCCUUCCCAACAACUUUUACAUAAUGUUUAUUUGUUCGGAUCAUUCUCCCACUUGAAGAGAUAAGGUAGGAUCUUGGGGUAUCUGCUUCUGAUACUAUUACUCCAUAACGUCGCAAAUCUGUUAUCCAAACCUUAUCGUGUAUUUGCAUCGGAGGACGCAUACAUACUCGAUGGUGGCUGUCAAAACUGGUCUUUUGACAGCCUUUCACUUCUUGAUACAUGGUAGCUAACUCCUGCUUAUCCACCGUAAAUGGUUGCAAGUACUUUUGUGACACUGGUAAGGUGUCUCUAAGCGAUCUACCCAUCAGGAGUUGAGCUGGGCUGUAUUUGAGCCCUGACAGUGGUGCAUUUAGAUAAGACAGCAAUCAUAAGUAUGGGUCUUCUGAUCGAUUGAUUAUGUUUUUAACAAUCUUGACUGCAGACUCCACUUGUUCAUUGCUCUGUGCAUGUUUAGGGCUACUUGUUAUAUGUGUAAAGCCAUACAACUUAGCAAAAUCCCUGAAUUCUUGCAGGGUGUCUACCGGUCACGAAAAUCCCGAAAGUCACGAAAAAGUCACGUUUUCGUGAAGGUGGUCACGAAAGCCACGAAAAGUCACGUUACUAAAGCAUUGAACACAAAAAUCGGGAAGAGAAAAAAUAUUUCAUGCAGUCAUAAAUGUCAGUACUUAAUACAUGCUAGAGAUUUUUUUCCGGUUUAGGAAGCGUUAAUAAUACUGUACUCUUUAUUUCUAAACCCGUGGAAAUAAUUGAAAACGCCAUCAAAAUGUGUUUACAAACGAGAACGGAAAGCAAAAAGCCGUAUUGUGAAAUGUUAACUACGUUGAACCUCUAUCGAACUCGCAUGUUUCAAUUGUCCGUGUUUAUCGUAUACUUGCUAUGGUCCCGGCGAAAUUGCUAUACAACUAAGGUUAAAAGAGUCCGCUUGUACCAAUGUUCAAAUUAUCGUUUUUCCCGUAUUGAUCGUACAAACUAUAUGUUCCCGUCACUAUAAAUUAUAGUCAAUGAUAGUUUAACCAUUAAGAUUUUACGUAAAUAUUCAUAUUUCAAAAAGAAAACGUAUUAAAAACAGUAACAAUAAAAUUCAAAAGUAUUAAAAAUCACCUUAAAUCUGCAGCCAUUUUGUAAUAGCGACGAGUGAACACCAGUAGAUGGCAAACAUUGGUGCCAUAUCCCAUAUUUCCGUGAAAUCGACUCACCACGAAACGUUGUCACAGUUUCGAAUUGUAUUUAUGUAUGUAUGAAAGUUUUUCAAGUUCGGCUAAAAUGGUAACGUAAAAAACAAGAGAGAUAUUGAGGGCGGUUGAGAUAUCGAUUCAAGGGUGGCGUCAUGACCAGUGUUAUUGUUUGUUUUUAUGGGCAGGAGAGAUAGUAAGUUUAUUAGGUGCAAAUUAUGUUAGGAGUACUUGUACAAUGUCAUCGUUUUGGCACGUUAUAGUACCGCCAACAUAAUUUAUUGUGUCCAAUUUUGUAGAGAAUCUGUUUCAUUAUCUCGGGUAAAAAAUACAUUAGUGCAACGUUUUCAUCUGCGUUGUGAAGUGCGUCAACACAGUAGCUGCCAAUUAUGCCGGGGAAGUGUAGAUUUCAAGAAAAUUGGUACGAUUUUCCAUUCGCAGGACAUUGGGAAAAAAUGGUUACGGCCCGUGAAUAAUGAUAAACAUCGUGCCUUUUGCAGUGUAUGUUGCACCGAUUUUGACAUUGGGCAUGCUGGGGUUAACAGUGUUAAGGUUCACGAGAAUGGAAAACGUCGCUCAAAUUUUAUGCGUCAACUUCUAAGUUCUAAACAGACUGUAAUCAAUUUUUCUCGUGCCAACGAAGGAGAAAAAGCUGUUUGUAAAAGUGCCACAUCUGUGGAGACUGGAACAAACCUUGUGGACCAAAGAUGUAGGUCUAAUGUUCCAGAAACAAGUCCUGCAUUAGAUUCUGCUACAGUCUCAAACACUGAAAAGGAAACUGUGCGUGAAGUACCGGUAACUGUUGAACCAUCAUCUGCUUCUGUAGUGCCAUGUGGAAGUACAGGUUUACAACAAUUUCUUCUAAGGGACGAGAUCACAAAAGCAGAAAUUAUUUGGGCCCUUCACAAGGUGAUGAGUCAUUCUUCUGCUAGGGGUGGAGGUGCAAGCAGUGAUCUCUUCCUGCUCAUGUUCCCCAAUAGUAUGAUAGCACAGAAAUUUCAAAUGCAAUAAAGAUAAACUGUCUUAUGUGGUAACAUAUAGUCUAGGUCCAUAUUUUCAAUGCAACCUUGCAGAUCAAGUAAAUUUGUGCCCUUUUUUUUUUUGCCAUCUCCUUUGACGAGAGCUUGAACAAAGUUUCCCAGAAAAGCCAAAUGGAUUUAGUUGUGAGAUUUUGGAAUAGUGAUUCUAACACAGUCUCGACUAGGUACUUAACUUCAGCCUUCCUAGAAGGAGCUACAGCAAAGGACUUGGUUGACAAGUUCAGAAGUUCUCUGGUUGAUCUGAGUGUACCCUUGGGUAAUAUCCUGCAAAUUUCUGUUGAUGGGCCAAAUGUCAAUUUAAAGUUUUUGUGAGAUAUUCAGCAAAUUUUGAAAGAUGGAGGAGAUGGGCGAGAGAUUUUUGAUGUAGUAAAAUGUUUGUUGAACAUUGUUCAAGGAGCAUAUAAAACUGCUCACAGUAAAACAGGAUGGAAUAUUCAUGGAUAUCUUUGUUCCCUUUUUUACCUCUUCAAAGAUUUUCCAUCGAGAAGAGCUGAGUACAUGCAGAUAACAGGGUCCCCAGUAUUUGCAUUGAAAUUCUGUCAGGUAAGGUGGGUGGAAAACUCAAAAUUACUGAAACGAGCCAUAGAAAUGUUGCCACACCUAAAAAAGUAUGUGAAAUCCGUUGAAAAGAAACCACCAAAUUCUGAGAACUUCAACAAAGUAAAGGAAGCUUUAGCUGAUAAACUUUUACUAGCCAAACUUGAGUUUUUGCUGUCCGUAGCAUUGCAGCUUGAGCCAUUUUUGAUUGAAUUUCAGUUAAAUGCACAGUUGCUACCAUUUUUGCACCAGGGGCUUUCAGCCUUUUGCAAGGUAUUGCAUCCAGAUUUGUAAAGAAAUCUGUUGCUCAAGGUAUAAAAUCUGGUUCUCAGUUUGCAAGUUAAGAUGUUAUUGAAGUCUCUUCUCUUAAAACACUUCAAAAUAUUGAUGUUGGGUUUGGUGCUAAAGCAGCUUGUAGUAAAGGAAUUAAAGAAGUGACAGUAAUGAAAUUUCGGACUGAUUGCAAAUGCUAUCUUCAACAUUUGUUUUCAAAGCUUGUGGCAAAAUGUCCUUUGUGAUAUAAGAUUGUUAAGGAUGCUUCAUGUAUAGAUCCUGAUAUAAUGAGAAGUCAGAUGCUGCGAAGCUCACGAAUCACUGUAGCCCUUGAAGUGUUUGUGACAAAACAACAGAUGACUCCCUCAGUUGCUGAUUGCGUGAAGAGGGAUUACAUGAAGUUUUGUGAAAGCCCUGUUGUUGUCGAGGCUGUUGAGAAAUUCAACCGAAAAGAAUAAAGACUGGACAGUUUCCUUGUGAAUCUCAUUUCUGAUCUGAAAAUGGAUAGUACAGCACUAAUUGUUUUCUUCCAGAAAAUACUGGUAAUGUUCCAUGGAAAUGCAGCUGUUGAAAGGGGAUUUUCUGUAAAUAAGGAAUGUUUGGUGGAACAUAUGACAGAAGACUCCCUUGUGGCACAUAGAUCUGUUUAUGGAGCAAUUUCUUUAGUAGGAAAUGUAUCCACUGUAGUUAUUUCAAAAAAUAUUAUUCAUUUCGUCAGAAAUUCUUCAGCAAGACGAAAGGAAGUAUUGUCCAAGAUGGCAGAAGAGAAGGCUAGAAAUGAAAGGAUGAAGAAAAGAAGUUAUGAUGAGAUAAGAGAAUUACAGUUUGCUAAGAGGAAAAUGCUCGAGCAACAAAAAGAAGAGCUUAAGUUGCUGGAUGACAAAAUUUCAGCUCUUAGCAAAAAAUCACAGCAGUUGUAAAUUUGCCUGAAAUUAUUAUUAUUUUUGAAAUUUUUUUUACUAAGUGUGCAGUGUUUUAAAUGUGUAGUGUAAUUGAGCAAAAUAUUGAUUUACACAUCUGUUUUGAGAUAAUUAAGGUUUUAAAGUGUCGUGUACUCUAGAAUGUUUUUUUUUUAAUUGACUUAUGAGCUAUGGAGAGUAAUCAACACUAAAAAAAAAUAUUAAGGUAAGCACGAUUCAAUUUAAAAGUGUCUAGUAUAUAACUUAAAUUAAUUAUUUUUGCCUGAUAUCUAUGCACUUAAACUUUUUUUUUAUGGGCAAACUGUAUAACCUUACAAGGAUGCAGACAUAUGAUUAUUUUGAUGUUAUUUAAGUAUUUGAAUGGUUCCCGAAAAGGUCACUAAAAUUUGGGAAAAGAGGUCACUAAAAGUCACUAAAAUGAAUUAUGACAUUCUGGUAGACACCCUGUCUUGAGAGCUAUACUGUGGUCCAUUAUCCAAUCUCAGUUCUUUGGGGAUUCCUUGUCGAGAGAAAGCAGCUUUACAUCUUGAUAUUAUUGUGGAAGAUGAAAUAUUAGGCAUUUCAUAUAUUUCUGGAUAUCUUGAAUAAUAAUCUAUCAUGAUAAAGUACGUUUUUCCCUUUCGUUCCACUAAAUCUAUACAAACAACUUCCCAUGGUUCUUGGGGUAACGGAGAAGGCAUAAGAGGUUCCGGUCUGUUUGGUUUUUCCUUUAUGCAUGUUUCACAGCUGGAAGUAAAUUGUUUAAUGUCGUUUGUAAUGCCUGGCCACCAAACCGUCGCUCUAGCUCUUUCAAUGCAUUUCUUGGUGCCCAGGUGUCCUAAGUGCCUUCUUGUCAAAAUCCCCUUCCUUAGCUCUCCUCAUACUGUCCAAAAUGCUCGGCAUGAAACUGGUACUUGUUUAGGUUUCUAAGGCCAUCCGUCUUGCACAAGUUGUUUUAGCUCCUUGCAUGUUGUAUCUGAACCUUGUGCCAGCAACACCUCUUGAAUCCUUGUGUCCGAAGCUGGGAAGCACACCAUGAACUGAGAUUCAAAUUCUUCUAUUUCCCCAAUACUUAGGUCAUCCUUGUCUUCGAAACUGCCAACAGGGGACCACGAUAGAGCAUCGGGAGUGUAAAAAAGCUUCCCCGCCACAUGUUGUAUAGAAAAAGAAUAUCUCAUUAGCCUCAUUCUGUAUCUCUGGAGCCUAGGUGGAAAUUCGUCAACAUUCUUCUUGCCGAAGAUGGACACUAGUGGUUGAUGGUCAGUCAUAAGAAGUAUGUUCUUGCCUAGGAUGUACAUCUGGAAUCUCUCACAAGCCCAUGUAAGCGCUACUGCCUCCUUUUCAAUUUGUGUGUGUUUCUUUUCUAUAGAGGAUAGAGACCGUGAUGCAUAGACUACUGGUUUCCAGUUACCGUUGUCAUCAGGUUGUUCCAGAACUGCCCCCAGGCCAAAUGAAGAUGCAUCUGCAGCUAUACGAACAUGCUUAUUAGGAUUUUAAUGCAAAAGCACGGGGGGACUGCACAAGAGUUUUUUUUUAUAUCCUGAAAAGACAUUUCUUGUUGUCCCCAGGAUAAAACAUUAUCGUCUUUUAAUAGUUGACGCAGGGGCUCUGUGAUGGAAGUCAGGUUAGGUGCAAACUUACCGACAUAAUUUGUCAUGCCCAACAAUCUUCUCACCUCCUUAGUUGAUUGAGGAUGUAACAUCCCUUGAAUUGCUUCAAUUUUAGUUGGAUCGGCCUCCAUUCCCUUGUCAAACACAAUGUGGCCCAGGAAUAUAACCCUGCUUGUUACAAACACACAGACUCUGUCCCAGUUUUCAUAAUGUUCCUGCUCAUUUGAUCCAUAGACCAAGACGUCAUCCAUGUGACAUAUGACGCCUGGAGUAUCCGUAAGAAUGCGAGACAUUUCCCUAUAGUAAAACUCAGGUGCACUGGUAAUGCUGAAUGGCAAUCUGUUAAAACAGAACCGACCAAAAGGUGUAAUAAAUGUAGUGAGAAGUCUAGACCUUUUAUCUAAGGGUACCUGCCAAUAUCCACAGUUUGCAUCAAGUUUAGAAAAUACAACUGCAUUUUGAAGGCGAGCAAGGGAUUCAUCCACUGUAGGGGAAAUCAUGUGUUCGGUUCGAACUGAGUGAUUGAGUGCUGACAAAUCAACGCGCAACCUGAUUUGUCCAUUUUGUUUAGGAACAAUUACAGUAAAACACCGUUUUAACGAACUUCAUUAGAGUGAACAAUUCAUUACUAUGAACUAUGCCUUUGGUCCCGUCAGACGUCCAUAAAACAUAAUGUAAAAAAAUUUCACUAGUAUGAAUUUUCUCGCUCAAAUUUUUAAAAUAUUCUAUAAAUAUUCAUUUGAACGAACACUUUUCUGCCCGGCACGGUGAAAGACAAACGGAUAAAAUCGUCGCCAUUCACCCACAAAUUGCCAUCUUAUUUAUUUUUAUACGCGCCAUAAAUGACAGCAAUGGACUAGUGUUGAAAUUAAUGCACAAAACUGGUGUAGCGACUAAAGCGCUGCAUUGUGGUGUUCGCUGACAUUACUCUUUGUUCUAUGCUCGCACGACGUGUUUAACCGAUGCAAAGUUCUACAUCAUAAAGUAUUGCUACACACACAUCUCUGGUCGUUUCCUUGUUUAUUGUUUGAGAAACGUGGCUAUACUACGAGUAUAACUUAUUUUUACAUGUGUCGGGACCAUUUGUUUUUAUAGUUUCAAAAACAGUACUACUGAACAUGUCUUAUAUGAAACUAAAGGUGAUUGAUGUGAAAAUGAAACUUGAAAUGUUAAAAGCAGUAGAUGAAGGAAAUAAAAAGACUGAUGUGGCUAAAAAGCUUGGUAUCUCCAAAUCAACAUUAUUGACAAUUCUCACCCAGCGAUCCAGUUUGGAAGACAAUAAACAUUUAAUGUCGCAAGAUCGAAAACGUUUGCGUACCGCCCGCUACGAUGCUCUUGAAAAGACGUUCGACUGGUUGAUGCAUUCACGGGCAUCAAACAUUCCCAUUGGUGGGGACAUUCUCCAACAAAAGGCACAGGAAGAGGCCUUAAAAUUACAAAUUACCAACUUUAAAGCUUCUGGUGGCUGGCUUCAUCGAUUCAAGGCACGUUGGAAUUUAAGUACGCUUUAAGUGUGUAGAGAAGCUGCAGCAGUAAAUGUUGAAGUUCAAGAUAAGUGGAAGGAAGAACUUGAAUUGCUGUUAUCGGGAUAUGAUGAAAAAGACAUUUUCAAUGCCGACGAAGCAGACAUUUUUUACAAUCUGCUUCCUGACAGAACACUGGAGGUGAUAGGUGAAACAUGCCAUGGAGGCAAAAAGAGCAAGGAACGCUUUACUGUGCUGCUGUGUGUUAACAGUAAUGGUUCCGAAAAGCUGACACCACUUAUUAUUGGUAAAUAUGGAAAACCCAGAUGCUUCAAAAACAUUAAACAUCUUCCUUGCAAGUAUAAAAACAACAAAAAUUCAUGGAUGACAGCAUCCCUUUUUCAAGAAUGGAUACAAAGUUUUGAUGCCAUGAUAGGGGUACAGAACAGAAAAGUUCUGUUGUUUAUUGACCACUGUCCUGCCCACAACGUUAACCUUUCACUUAGAAAUGUUAAAGUAUUGCACAAGUUAAAAGGGACUACAAGAAGCAACUUGUGCAAUACGUUCUUUGGAAGGUGGAGAGUGGGAAAGACUCCAGCGAAUUGAAGUGGAACAUUCUUCAGGCCAUGCACAGGCUGUGUUUGGCCUGGGAUAGAGUCAAGCCUUCCACAAUUGCGAAUUGUUAUAGGAAGGCAGGAUUUCCUAUCAAGACUGAACAUCCUCACGAUGAAGAAUCAGAUGACUGUGAUGACCUAGUUGGGCUUAAGUUCAGAAAAGGUUUGAUGUUCCUCAGUUUUCUUUCGGUGAUUUUGUUGGCAUAGAUAAUCACAUAGCCACUUGCCCUGCAGUGUCAGAGGAGGUUGGCCAACCGGAAGAGGAGAGCUGCCCGCCAAAUGAAGAUGCUGAUGACUGUGACAGUGAAACCGAAGUUAAACGUCCUCGGCAGGAAGAAGUCUGUAAUGCACUAAAUGUGUUGGAAAGACUCUUUAUGACAACUGAAAAGCUUGUACAUCACCUGCCCGUCUUAAGAAACAUUGAAACAGAUGUGGCCAAUGAACUUAACAACAUUAAAAAACAGUCACGUAUACAGGAUUUUUUCUCAACAAUUUAAAAAUGUAAAAUUUUUUUCCUAAAUUUUAAAUUUUAUAUUUUUGAUUUAUUACAGCAAUUUGCAAACAGCUUGUCUUGAUUCCAAAGGUAGGCUUACUGUUUUGGCAAACUUACGUAUUUCUAUAUAGUACAUAUACAUACUAGAAUGUAUGUUUGUAUGUAUAAUGUAUCUUGAUCCCAAAGUAUAGCUGUUAAAGUAAUUGAUGCUUGUACCACUCAUAUUGGUAUUAGAUUUUCUACUUUGUUAAUUUAACAAGAUCGAGUUAUGUUAAAAAACCCAAAUCAGGCAAUCAUUGUGAUUUCGGUAUAAAGAAAUUCAUUAUAACAAACUGCUAUAAUUUUGGUCCCUUCAUGUUCUUUAUAAUGAAGCUCUACUGUACAAUUCCUGAACACCAUGCUGUUGGGCACUCAACCGGGGAGAUUAUGCCCAUCUUUAAGAGCCUAUCUAAUUCCUGUUUUAGUUUUGGUUGGAGUGGAAUGGCCACUCUUCUGGAACAUGGUAUGCUUACUGGUUGUGCAUCACUCUUCAACUUUAUUUCAUGGGGAACGUUCAUCAAACCUACUCCCUGGAAAAGUUUAGGGUAUUUCUCUCUUGGGUCGAAUUUGUUGACACAGCUUACUUCCCCGAUCCAUUGCAAAGCAUCUAAGCUAACCAAUUUCCAUCUUCCUUGCACAGUUAUUUUGUGAUAGUAUUGAUUUCUUUGUUUUUAUGUUUUUAUAGCAGUAUUUGUAACUCUGAAAUGAAAAUGAUAAGUUAAUUUCUACCUUAUUUUAUGUUAGCUUGUUUAUUUCCGGGAAUAAUUUUUUUAAACACCUGCUUCAAAAAUUUUAAUGGAAUUGUUUGUUAGUACAGGAAGCAUCAUACUGGUUGUAGGAGAAACACUAUCAAUGUGUUUCACUAGGAAAAUUAUAAAUAUUACUUUAUAUUAUAUUGUUCCGUAACAUUUAACAUAUUUUUAUUUCAUACUGUUAAAAUUAAAGGGUAGUUACUUAUGGCUCACCAUUGAAAAAAUUUGAACUAAAAUAAAAUUAUAAGCAUUUUUUUAUUGUAGGUCCGUCCAUGUGGUUUUUGAGAAGUCAACAAGGUAGACCCCACCUAGUGUACAACAACUUCAUACUUUGAGUUAACAGCAUACGUAAUGACAAAUAUUUUUGGGUCUGCGUGGACGGUAGAAGAUAGAGAUGCGAAGGUCGCAUAGUAACCGAAGGUCUCAACAUUUCCGUCAAGUGUGCAGAACACACGCCUGCGCCACACACUGAAAAAAUCAGAAGGCAGCAGCAGCAGCAGCGGAGUAGAAGUUGCAUACAGGAUGAUAAAGAAUGGAAUGCGUGAUUAAGACUUUAAUGGUAGAUGGUGGCACAAGCAUGAUAAAGACCAGUUGUGGUGCUGUCAAACUGACAUGUAAUUUAACUUUAUUGAAUCCCUAUUUGCUGGCAUUGUAUAUUUUAGUGAAAAAUGAACUGCGUACGUAUUUUAAAAAGUGGGUGAAAAUAUUUUAUCAUCCUUUUGCUAAUGCUGCGUGGUCUAGCAACUGGUAAUGAAUAGGUACAUCUGGGCUGACACAAAAUUUCAUUUUUUUUUACUCAUUUCUGCAUAUUUUCUGGUUUUUAUGGUUAACUACAUUUUUAUUAUGUUUUUUUUAUUUUUAUUGCAUGAUGCAAUUCAGUGAAGUUCAUAUUGUGUGGACUUUAUAGACUUUGUGUAUUAAUGUGAGACUUAACACAUUUAUCUAGAGGAGUGGUCCUAUUGUUAACCAAGCCUUUUUUUUUUUUUUUUAAUUCUGUAACUUGACGUGGAUAUUUGGAUAGUGUAGGUAUACUUGUUUCCAUAUAUUUCUUCAUGGAAAGAAUAUUUUAUAUUUAUUCUUAAACAGCAAAUUACAUUUUUAAUUAAUGCCCUUUUUAAAUAUGGAAAUGUGACCAGUGUUAGUAUAUAUGCAUAAGUGAUUUUUCUUAAUUGUUUCAUUACCUAAGAGAGCAGGUUAGACAGUUUUGGGCCUAAUUUUUGCCAUACAGGGCAUUUUGCGAGGGCCCCUUAUUUUUUGGAGUUGGGUGGAAGGGUUUAUAUUAGAGGCAACAACCCCCCCCCCCCCCCCCGCCUCCCCGCUCUUCCCCCUUGAAAUAUAUGGAUUUGGGGGCCUUCCUGCCAGAAAAUUUGAUAAAUAAACUCUUUAAAAUGUUUUCAAGCCAACCUGGAUUUUAAAUUAUGAUAAUGGUUUAAGAAUUUUUGAUAUUCUUUUUUUUUAAGUGCUAACAAUCAAAUUCGAGUGGAAUCACAUUUUUAUACGAGGCAGUAAAAAUUAAUGAAAAUUCAAUUCAAACCAGCACUUUAAACUACAUGCUGAUAACAAUUUAUUUCUUUUCCCAUUAAUGUCCAUAUUUUUCAUAAAAUUAGACAAACAAGGAAAAUGAAAAUGGCUGGUGCAGGGCCCCGGGUGAUUAUCAGGCUUGCCCGGCGUUGGAACCACCCCCGAGGCCAGAGUCCUAAUUCACAUGGUGUGGCAGACCUAGUUGUAGCCCUGAGCUGAGUGUUUAUCACAUCAAAGAUUUUAUGUAUCAGUUUGUAUUGUGCUGACUAUAUGAGAAGAAUAAUGUAGACUAUUUUUUCAAAUAUAUGUGCUGUUAAUGUUUUUAGUAAAAUUGUCUAAAUAUUGUUAGGCUAUAUUUAAAAGAAUGUGAGGGGUGAAAAAUGUAUGUAAUUUUUAAUUUUGCUGGUUUAUUUUGAUGUUUCCUGUAAAAAUACAUUCCAUUAUUAAAAAAAGAAGUUUUAUUUUUUCUUAAACUAAGCUCUUUACCACUUACUUUUGAUUAAGUUAUGUAAACCAAAGUACCACUAACUAUAAAUCUUUGUAUUAAAUGUAAAUUACUUUUGAUCAAAUAUCAAUUCCAAAGCAUUCCUAUCUUUU